UAUAAUCUCUCUAACAAAUAAUUUUCUCUUCAUAACUGGCACGUUGGGACAUUAUGAUCUAAAAGCACUUCAAUGAAGGGUUUUACCAAUAUUCCCCAGAGCCGCUGCCACUCUCUCAGAAGCAUCUACAGCACCCCACCACUCUCUGCCAUAGAACAUGGAUCUAGUUCUAUCAACUUUGAAGAUGGACUUUUUUUACCCACCCGUUGCCAUGGCAGGACGUGGCUCCUGGACAACUUUCAAGAGAACUGCAGUGAAACCAGAAGCUGCAAAAUGACCAACAGUGAACAGGAACAGUGCACAAAAGUUAGCUGUGGGCAGGCUGACUGACUUCCCAGAGUUUGUUCUUCAAAUUCUAGGUCCUGGGAAAGGACAACAUGCCAAUCAGGAAGUUCUUCAGCAAUGUUGGAGUGUGUGUCUCAACCUUGCCUGGCAGGAAAUAGUCAGAAAAAGGGCUUUGGAGUCCAGAGCUGUCAACCUGUGAGUUCUAUGGCCAAGUGUUGUCCACCCAACACUUGUGUGUCUGAGAGUUACCAAAGUAUUGAAUGUGAAUCUAGUCAAUGUCAGUUUCAGAGCUCUGAAUCCAGUUCCUGUAGAUCUCUGCUCUGUGUUGAAUCAGAACCCCAACUCCUGGUAUCUUCUAGUGCUUAUGAGCCAACUUGCUGUGUUACUGGUGGCCUGCAAGUGCCUACUAAAUGAAGAAUGUGUAGAGAGCUAGGAUAUUCUAAUUUGGAUGAUUUGACUACCUGAAACAUCUAGUAACUUUUAUUCUUCUAAAUAUAUAUUGUAGUGCAUGUUGCUGUGAGAUCAUGUACAUGCCUUCUACUCUCUCCAAGGAAAUUUUAAGGGUAUUUCUAGGGGAAAACCGAGAUAUAAAAACAUGCUGGUGAUUUAAGGUCACUGGGACAUUAUGUAUUUGACAGCAAUCAUCAUUGAAAAUGGGGCUAAACUAUGUACUUUUAAAAGUCAACAUAACACUUGAGUUACUGGUCAUUAUUGAUGUAGAAACCUGGUACUGAGUCAGACAGUCAUGAUGCUAAUAUCAUAAGCCCUCUUAGUCAUCAAAUUUAUUGGGAUUAACUCUAUCAAUAUUUAUCAUGUAGUUGCUAACAUCAGAACCACAGCCUAAGCCUGUCUGUUCACUUUCCAUCUAUUUUUUUUUUCCUUGAAUGGAUGACCUCACCAAUGUGUCCAAGAAUCUUACCUCUCCAGAUCCCUACCUCUAGGGAAGGAUAGAAACAUACUGGAGGUAUGGGUUGACCUGCCAAUGCCCAUGUACAGCAGAAAAGCAGUACAGAAGCCAGGUCUCCCACCUUCUGUACCCUAAAAAGAAUUUUGACGCAUACUUCCAGAGGGAGAGACAUAGUAGGGGAAGAUGAAUAGAGUAUUCUGAAACCCAAUUCCAUAAGGACCCAUAAAGAAAAGAGAGAGGGACAGAGAGAGAGAGAGAGAAAAAAAAAAGGAAGGAUAUUUGGAAGUAGUAAUAGGUAUUGGUGUGACAGAAGAGUUCCCACCUGCAGGGGGCAAGCUUUAUGCAUGGUAAAGCAAUGGUGCAGGUGUCUCUCUCCCUCUCUAUCAUCCCCUUCUCUCUCGAUUUCUGGCUAUCUCUACCCAACAAAUAAAUAAAGAUACAAAAGAAAAAAGAAAAUAAUAGAAGGUAGGGCCACAAAAAAAUGGGCAAAAUUAUAGGUAGAUGAUAAAUAGAUAGAGAGAUGGAUGGAUAGAGGUUAGAUAGAUAGGUAGAUAGAUAAAUAUAGAGAUAAUAGUCAAUUUAUAUGUGUUAUCUUGGAAGAACUACUG